UUUUUUUUUUUGUAAAAUAAGUAAAUUUAAUUAUUUUUCUGUUCUAUUGGAAUAUUUGCAAUAUAACAAUAGCUAAAAAUACAUAUUUAAAGAGCAUAAUGGGAGUGUAUUGGUGCGGUUUCAAUGGUUUCAAUCAAUUAAACAAUGAAUCAAACACCAAUAUGGAUUUUCAUGUAUUUGAAAACAAAGUGACCCAUGAAGAUAUUCAACAAGUUGAUUUUUCUUGGAGUAGUGCUUCUGUUUUAACAAGUUCUGGUCAAAUUAUUAUAAGUGGCCUUGUGGACAAAAGAAUAGCUAACUUUGAAAUAUUGAAAGAUUUAGGAUAUGGCCCUUUUAAAUCUAUUUCUACAUCAAACUCAAAUAUUUUAGCUAUUAAUUCAACUGGAAAUUGUUGGUCUUAUUUGAAAACUAAAGACCAGUGGAGUGAUAUCACUCAAGUAUUACGAAGUGAAAAAGAAGUCUCUUCUCCAGAAAAUCAAAAUCCAUUAUCUUUUAGCAAUGUUUGCUGUAGUGAUACUAUUCAUUUAGCAGUUUCUUUUAAUGAAAUUUUUUCAAUUCCAACUAAAUUAUUUGAUUCAAAAUUCAAGGUAUCCCAAGUUGCAUGUGGUUUUGAACACAUAGUUAUAUUAAUUGAAACAGGAUGUUUGUAUACUUGUGGAUCCAGUAGUCGAGGCCAAUUAGGUCAUGGAGAAUUGAAUGAAGAAGAUCAUCCUCGACUAUUAAAAUAUUUAGAUGGUAUUCGGGUCAUUAAUAUUUCUGCUGGUGGAUGGCAUUCAUCUGCAAUAACAGAAUGUAAUGAUCUCUACAUGUGGGGAUGGAAUCAUUCUGGGCAGCUAGGAAUUUCAAACUCCCCAGAAAAUGGUAUAAUAAUGGCUCCUGAACCAGUACUAAUUAAUUGGCCAGAAGAGACAGAUGUCGAACAAGUGAGUUUGGGGGCAAGACAUUCAUUGAUUCUAUCUAGAAAUAAUAUACUUUGGGGUUGUGGGUGGAAUGCUCACAAACAGUUAGGUAUUGAGACAUACCAAUUAACUUGUGAUAGAAUGAUUAAUUUGAGUUAUUUAUCCCCAUUGCUCAAGUGCAACAAAAAAAAAAUCAUUAAAGUAGUCUGUGGUGCAUGGAAUAGCGCUCUGAUUUUUGAAGAAUAACAAUUUACUUCCCAAAUCAAAUAAUACUAGAUGAAGAAAUUGUUAGUUGCAGUUAGUAUAUAUAUAUAAAAAAAAAACAAUCCUAAUGAGAAUUUAAUUAAAGUGUUUUUU